ACAUCCGUAACCGUAUCAACAUGGACGCCACUCUGGAAACAAGUGAAGAAAAUGGGUUUUAUGACAGAAAUGCAGCCGCCAAACUACAUGAGCGAAUCGAGAAACGUCAGCAGGUGUUGGCAGAAGACGUUGAACGAAGAAAAGAGGCGAGACAGAGCCAAUCGGUGGCUGAGGAGAAGAGUGAGUAUUUUGUGAGCAGUUUUAACGCGGAGCGGGCGGGUAUCCAGGAGCUUCUUUCCGACUGUUCUGGAGCUGACCGACCCACUGUGACCCAGAAACUGGAAGAGGCCACGGCCAAGAUGACGCAGCUACAGAAAUUUCUGAACGACAGCAUGAUAUUUCUGAGCCAGUACCAAAUAAGAGUAGCUCAGGGCGCUCUGCAGAAGCUCCAGGCAUCUCUGAAUGAGACCAGAGAGGAGGCCCUGCCCAAGAAAAAGUUCACAUUUAGAUCGAGAACCAAAGCUGCGGAGAAGGUCUCUGAUUCUCCUCCUCCUCCUUCAUCUGAGACUGUGAGUUCAGGUGUCACUAAAGUGGAGGAAGCCGCAAUCUCAGAGCAGACUGGCUUCUCCAACAUCAGCAACGAGUCUCUAACAAAGACAUCAGAGGAGAUCCAAAGCAGAGAUGUGCUGCUGACUCACCUGACCAACUGCAAGGUUCGUCUGUAUGGUUCUCCCAGCACCCUGCACCUGAAACACAUCACAGCCUGUGAGGUUCUCUGUGGACCUGUAGCUACCUCUGUGUUCGUGGAUCACUGUAGCAACAGUGUCCUAGGCUUCGCCUGCCAGCAGCUGAGGACCCACAACACCACCGACACCCAGGUGUACCUGCACGUCACCAGCCGGGCCAUCAUCGAGGACUGCCGAGGGGUGAGCUUUGCCCCGUUCUGCUGGUCUUAUCCCACCCUGGACCAGGAUUUUACUGCAUCUGGCCUGGACCAGGACAGAAACAACUGGAGCCAGGUGGACGACUUCAACUGGCUGGCUGCUGGGACGCCGUCCCCAAACUGGACUGUUAUUCCAGAAGCAGACAGAAAAACCACCUGGGACCCUUAAAAUUGAAUGUUUUAAGAUGUUCUCCAAGUUCACAUGUUCAAUUAAAUUAAGUGCUAUUAAAAAGCCCACCUGAUUAUUGUCAUAGAUCCACUCAGUUUUGGGUGAUGCACUUAAAUGUAAUUUAUGUAAACAUUUAAUCUUUAAAAUAAAGUUUCUUGCAUGUUAUUUGUACUUCUUAUUACUCUAAAACCCAUGUGAUCCUUUAUCUACUUGUUUAAAAAAAAAGUCAAAUUUUAGUUUGUUUCUUUACAGUCGGCAUUGGUCACUGCUAUUAGUGUAUGUAGAUUUAUGAUAUUUAAAAGUUUCCAUGUUUAAAAGCAGAAAAUAUUCCAUCAUUUCGUUCUUACGGUUUAAAGUUGUCUUAAUGUCAUACCAAAUAAAUUACUGCAGUGACUUUCAGAUUAUAAUAAUGCACUCAUUUGAGUUUAGAAAUCUGUAUAAGAUGUAAGUUUCACUUUUUGAACUGAAUUUCUAAAAUAAAUUAAUGUGAUAAUCUAACUUAUUAAAUGCAGUAGUAAUACUGGUUUGAACAGUGUUUCCUGUUGAUAUCCUCUGAAAAAAAUAAAUUCAAUAACAAACAAUAAUGGUGAAGCAUAUUUUUAAAUGUUAAAGCAGAUUAAACCAUCACUUAAAAGUGGAUGAAAUCACUUACAGCAGCCCAGUAUAUUUGCUGUUGAAAAUACGUUUUUAACAUUGCGUCUCUCUCUAGUUAACAUAGCAAAAAUGCUUGUAAACGCAACAAUCAGUGUGGGUCAUGAGUCACUGCCACUUGUUGUUUUAGGUCAGAAACACAAAGGUUUGGGAACCAACGGGUUAAAAUUUAAUCCUGUUCAUUUCAGUACAGUCACAGUAGCUGACAAUGGAGAGAAAAAAGUCCCUGUAGGUGUUCAAAUCUUUUCUCUCUAAGUAAUAUUUUGUGAAACAAUUGGCUAUUCUGUCUAAAUUUUGUGCUGACAAGCGGUGAGGCUUAAAAAGUGUUAGCGUGCAGUGUUUGUGUGGAGUGUUCAGGAACACUAACCUAAUUACCUGAGCACCCAGUGAUCUGAUAAUCCUAUCAACAACACUGAUCCGUUAAAAGUCGGAGCCAAGUUGUUUUUAAAAGCACUUUUAAAAUAAUUUUUAAUAUAUCAGUAUGUUAAUAUGUGAAUUUCUACUAUAUUUGUUACUGAUAGUACUCAGGUGCAAAACAGGCUGGUACAUUUGUAAACUCUAAAAUAUAUAAAAAUGUAAUCAUUACUUGAGCUUUUAACAUGGUCCAAAAUGCCAAACAUGUCUGCCUUAUGAUCAGACAGAUAUUUUACAUUGUUUCACAGACAGAUUUUUGUAGAAUGUGUCUCUGAUUUUAAGUAGUGGCAGACUUAGGUUGGGUAAAAAUAUAAUUUUAAAACUAAAUUG